UGAUUCAAUUUGCCCGCGGCCCGCGAGACGCAGGGGCGCGGUGCGCGCGGGCGCAGGCGGCGACUUUGUGGUUCUCGGGCACCCGCUGCCCUCCCGGCUCCUCUCGUUCUCCCUCGCGGGCAGUAACGUCCGGGCAGGAAGAGACCUGUAGGAGAAGGGCAGCCUCUCCUUCAAGUCCUGUCCAGUCAGGAUCCAAAAACGGUCUUGAAGAGACAGAGGGAGAGGUGAAAACAGAAGAAAUCCCAUGCGAAUUCCUCAUCUAAACGCACCCUGAAGAUGAAGUCGGCGUCCGCAGCGACCCGGUCCUCCCGGCGCUGGUGAAGGAGGCAGUAAGAGGGUUCUUUGUGAGAAAAUGCUCCAACUGAAGACUGUGGUGCAUCAGCCCUUAGAGAAGAAGGGACCUGCUGAGAGGGGAGUGAAUGAGCAGAAGUCUCAGCCUGAGAAAGCACGAUUCUCCUCUGUGUCCCACAGUGGGAAAUAUUCCUUGAUCCAGGAUCAGGCUCGAGAGUUGACCCACCUGCGGGAAAAGAUGAGGAUUGGGAGGGCUGUCUCUUCCCUUCUCAUCCAACAUGUCAAGAACACAGUGAAGACCUUUGAAGAGCUCCUCAGCAGUAAUAAGAUUGACUACUACAUGGAGCAGCAUUUCCGUGAGCAGCUGGCCAAGGGCAGCCAGCUGGCAGAGAGCCUUGCCAGCAAAUUCAACACAGAUGACUGUAUAAGUAAGAAGAAUCAAAGAGAACAGGUGCUGCGGAACCUCAGUAUCUUAAGGGAGUUGCAGAAGAAGGGUAAAAUGACAGAAGUCCUAGAGACCAAGCAGGAUGCCCGGCCCCAGACCCGCUCCAGCAGCCAUGCCCAGUCCGCUGCCCGUCGCUCCCCUAGCAGCACCUCUCCGCUGUUUGAUGAGCAGGAAGUGCGCCCUGCAGUGGAUGUGGCCAAUGUCAGCCCAGCCACUCCUGCUGAUUCAGGUUCAUUGCCCAGCAACCGUUCAGAAGCCAUGUCUGCUCAGCCCUUCUAUCCAUUGAGUGACACCACGCAACUGAGUGGGACACCAGACCUUGGGCUUCAUGGCAGCAGUGGCCCAUGGGACGAGAUGAGGCCUCAGAAGAUGAAUGCAUCUGGGAACUUAUCCUCCUUCUCCUCUUUAUACCAGCCCAACUCCAAGCCCUCUGGGGCGGACCUGCUGGAAAAGAAUCUUGUUGAGAUCCACAACCUGCGCCAGCGCCUGGAGGAAUCCAUAUCCAUCAAUGACCGCCUGCGGGAGAGGCUGGAAUAUGUGCUCAGCAAUGCUCACCAAGGAAAAAGCACUGCACAGCCAGCUCCAGAUGUCUCCCUUGCAACCCCUCAUUCAUACACUGACAGUCAUUAUUCUGGUUCUGGUAAGGACAUCUUGUGACAUGACAACAGGAGGGUCUAGAGAUAUGUUCUCCAGAUUUUCCAGCCCUAUCCAACAGCAUUUGUGGAUGUAAACUUGGAGGCAUCAGACAUUACCUUUAAAUGAAUGGAUCA